AUGGCCGUCGUGGUUCGCGCCACUGUGUGCAUGGUUGGAGCGGCGGCUACCAUUAUGGCGCUGAGCGUGCAGUCUGUGUACGCACUGUGGAGCCUGUCGGCGGACGUCGUGUACGUGAUACUCUUCCCGCAGCUGGUGUGCCUCUUCUACAUGCAGCGCAUCACAAACACAUACGGGCUCAUCUCGGGCGUGCUGGUGGGCGUUGUGACGAGGGCGCUGUGCGGCGAGCCAUCCAUGAGCGUGCCGGUUCUAGUGAAGCUGCCGUUGUACGACGAGCAGCUGGAGAUGCAGCGAUUUCCGCACCGGACUAUCUGCAUGUCCCUCAAUCUACUCACCACCGUUGCCAGCUCGGCCCUCUGGGAGAAGCUCUUCGCGUGUGGCGUCAUGCCCAAGUCGCUCGAUUGCUGCAGGUGCUUCGUUCCCGUGGACGAGUCGCUGCAGCAGCCCGGGGUUGCUUUGCCGGACAAAAAGGCUUUGGACAUGAAGCCGGAGACCGCGAAACCGCCGAAGGCAAUCGAAGCCGUACUCGCUGACACCUGCGAAGAUGCCACUAGCCACGAAACGAAGGUAUCGCCGAGCUUCAAGACAGUUCUGUACCCCUCUCGAUCAUUCGACCGCGUCGGCAUCGACCUCUAA